AUGGGAAUUAGACGAAUGCUUUUGCAACUCACAAUAAUCGGAUGCGGGAUCAUAUUAGCAGCGGCUGCAGAACAACCAAGUCUUCCUUUUCCCAUAGCAAAACCUGGUUGCCAAGAUAAAUGUGGGAAUGUUAGCAUCCCAUAUCCAUUUGGCACAACCGAAAAUUGUUUCCACAGUCAGCACUUCCGCAUAACUUGCAACGACACUUAUUAUGAUCCUCCAAAAGCAUUUCUGGAGAGAAGUAACAUAAGAGUCGCAAAAAUUACACUCCAAGGAAAGUUACAUAUCCUACAAUAUAUAGCCUCUGAUUGUUAUGAUGAAUCUGGUAUACGAUUGGCCUCCAAUAGAUCCUAUCUCUAUUUGCCCACAUUCAUUAUCUCUUAUACCGACAACAAGUUUAUAGCUGUUGGUUGUGAUACAAAAGCAUAUGUUGCUGGUUUAAAAGGAGAAGAAGAGUACAUAGUAGGUUGCAUGUCCUUGUGUGAUAGCAUUGAUUAUGAAUCUCAUAACACAUGUUCCGGCAUAGGGUGUUGUCAAACAUCCAUUCCUAAAGGAGUAACAGCUGCUAAUGUAACGUUGAAUUGUUACUAUAAUCAUACCGAAGUAUGGAAAUUUAAUCCCUGUAGCUAUGCCUUUAUUGUUGAAGAGAAUCAGUUCAAUUUUUCUUCAACUUCACUUCGAGAUCUGAAAGAGGUGCAGCAACUCCAUGUUGUUCUUGAUUGGACAAUUGGAAAUCAGUCCUGCAAAGAAUGCCAAGGAGAAAGCAAAAGCAGAUGUAUUGAUUCUGAAAACGGAUCUGGGUACCGUUGCGAGUGCUUAAAGGGUUAUCAAGGAAAUCCAUAUCUCCCUGGUGGUUGCAGAGACGUAAAUGAAUGUGAGGUUCCUGAUCUCAACAACUGCGAAGGAAACUGAGUUAAUACAGAAGGGAGUUACAUAUGUUUAUGUCCCAAGGGAUACCAUGGGGAUGGAAAUAAAUCUGGACAAGGUUGCAUUCUUGGUCCAUCAAAAGUAAUUCUUGUUACUAUUGGGGUUAGCGCAGGCCUUGUGGUAUUGGUAAUAGGUAGCUCCUGGUUGUACUGGGGAUUCAAGAGAAGGAAGCUCAUCCUACUCAAAGAGAAGUUUUUCCGCCAAAAUGGAGGAUUUUUUUUACGACAACAGCUAUCAAGAGGAAGAGGGGAGGGAACCACAACAGAAACAGCAAAAAUCUAUACAGCUGAGGAGCUCGACAAGGCUACCAACAACUAUGAUGAAAGCAGAGUUGUUAGCCGUGGGGGAUAUGGUACAGUUUACAGAGGAACUUUGUCAAAUGGAAAAGUUGUUGCAGUUAAGAAGUCUAAAGUAGUGGAUCAAAGUCAAAUUGAGCAAUUCAUCAAUGAGGUGAUUGUGCUUUCGCAAAUCAACCAUAGGAAUGUUGUAAAGCUUUUAGGUUGUUGCUUGAAGACAGAAGUUCCAUUGCUUGUUUAUGAAUUCGUUACCAAUGGAACCCUUUUUGAUCACAUACAUAAUAAAAGCAAAGAUUCUGCGGUUCCAUGGGGAACUCGUUUAAGAAUAGCUGCAGAAACUGCUGGAGUGCUUUCAUAUUUACAUUCUUCAGCUUCUAUACCUAUCAUUCAUAGAGAUAUCAAGUCCACAAAUAUACUCUUAGAUGAUAGUUAUACUGCCAAAGUGUCCGAUUUUGGUGCUUCAAGGUUGGUGCCCAUGGAUCAAGAAGGAUUAUCUACAAUAGUGCAAGGUACUCUUGGAUACUUAGAUCCUGAAUACAUGCACACAAGCCAAUUGACCGAGAAAAGUGAUGUUUAUAGCUUUGGAGUUGUGCUUGUGGAGCUACUCACUGGUAAGAAGGCGCUUUCCUUUGACAGGCCAGAGAAGGAAAGAAAUCUUGCUAUGCAUUUUGGUUCUUCUCUGAAAGAAAAUUGCUUGGCGGAAAUACUAGAAGAUUGUGUAAUUAACGGGGAAAAUCUUGAGCACCUGAAUGAAGUUGCUUGCCUUGCAAGGCGGUGUGUGAGAGUGAAAGGGGAUGAAAGACCAACGAUGAAGGAAGUAGCAAUGGAACUGGAGGGAAUAAGAAUAACAGCACAGCAUCCAUGGGUUAACAAUGAGUCCAACUUGGAAGAGACAGAGCAAUUGCUUGGUGAAUCAUUAGACACGGUUAGUUAUGGCUGUGGUACGAGUUCUUCAUAUGAUAGCAUGAAGAACCAGGUCACGCUACUCACUAGUAAAAAGGCGUUUUCCUUUGACAGGCCUGAGAAUGAAAGAAAUCUGGCCAUGUAUUUUGUCACUGAAAUGAAAGAAAACCACUUGGCAGAGAUUCUUGAUGAUUGUGUAAUGAAUGGGGCAAACCCGGAGCAACUUAAUCAAGUUGCUAACCUUGCAAGGCAGUGUGUGAUAGUGAAAGGGGAGGAAAGGCCAACAAUGAAGGAAGUAGCCAUGGAACUGAAGGGGUUGAUGAUUUUAAAGUAUCCAUGGCUGAAAGAUGAGCCAAAUUUGGAAGAAACAGGGCAGUUGCUUGGAGAAUCAUCAGAUACUGCUAGUCAUGGUGGUGAAACGACUACUAGAUAUGAUAGCAUGAAGAACCAGGAAGCUGUAACUAUACGUGUUGGAAGAUGA